AUGGCAAAGCCCAAAAGCGAGAGCCUGCCGAAUAGACACGCAUACACGCGCGUCUCCUACCUGCAUCAGGCCGCGGCGUACCUGGCGACUGUGCAGUCACCCACCUCCGACUCAACCACCAACUCAUCGCAGCCCGGCCACGCUCCUCACGCCGUCGAUCAUGAGAGAUGCUUGGAGACAAAUGAGACGGUUGCCCGGCGUUUCGUCUCCGACAUUCGAGCCGUCUCGCUCAAGGCCCAGAUCCGCCCGAGCCCCUCGCUCAAGCAGAUGAUGUGCAAGUACUGCGACUCUCUCCUCGUGGAGGGCAAGACGUGCUCUACGACGGUCGAGAACGCGAGCAAGGGCGGCAAGAAGCCUUGGGCCGACGUCAUGGUCACCAAAUGCAAGACCUGCGGCAACGUCAAGCGGUUCCCAGUCAGCGCGCCCAGACAAAAGCGGCGACCGUUUCGUGAACAAAAGGCUGUUGAAGGGCAGGAUACAACGCCUGCGGUUUCUGAGAUGUCGACUGGAGCCGAUUGA